AUGAUCCGCCAGGGCUGGCUGUCGCUGGCAUUGCUUGCGGGCCAGCUGCCCCCAGCUAUCGCAGUCUUUGCCGCUGCAACACUAACAGCCUCUGACGUACCCGCAGCGUCCUACGUGCCCGCAGCCUCGUUUCUCUUCAGGAGGGCUGAUUCAUGUCCCUCUAAUACAUUCCAGUGCUCGAAGGACCUCGGUGCUCAAUUCAGCGACAUUUGCUGCCAGGACGGACAGACAUGCGCUCUCGAUGCCGAUAACAGCCCUGCUUGUUGCCCUUCCGGCGCCGUCUGUACCGGAGCAGCACCGGCCUCAGCUACCGGUAACCCGACUGCGAUCGCGUCCUACGUCUCCAACUCAUACUUCUCGUUCCCGUACGCCCCGACCUCAUACGCCGAUAGCGACGCCUGCAACUCUGCCGUCGAUGUGUGCUCAGAAAAUUACGAUGCCUGUGUGACGGUCCUCGGUAGCGGCGGCCAAUAUGGCGUGACCAUUGCUGUGCCCGGCGGUGGAGGAACCACAGUUGAGGCUGACGGUUCUGCCCUGGGCACUUCAGCAACCUCAAUAUGUUCGAGUUUGAGCUCUAAGGCUUGCUCGGAAGCUACGAAGUGCUCUGAGUAUGGAUCAGUUGCUCCCUUCUCCACACGGGUUAAUGUCUUGGUAGCUGGGUUUGGCAUUGCUAUCAGCCUGCUUAAUGUUGUUAUUUGA